CCACGCACCUCUGUAUACGUUGGAUUGUGGGCGUGCUGGCUCCGCAUGAAAACCAUGCAAUGCACCACAGAGAGCCACAACACGCAGGUUUGUGCAGAGUGACACUCAUCAUUCUGGUGGAUAUUUCCUGCCAAAAGUGGUGAUGUUUCUGCUGAGGUGUUUCUCUUUGUGGAUGUUUCUGCUUCUUCUGGAGCACCGACUCCAUCGGGUUUCUGGUGCUAAGCCGCCCGGCAUCGGCGGUGGGAAAUUCUCCACCAGAGACGGGAUGCGCUGCACGUGGAGCGCGAGCGACACCGGGGACGCGGUAAAUGUGCGGGUGGACUGUGAAACGUCAGGGGCACAGAGGAAUGGCGGGGUCACCGAAACCAGCUGCGAGUACUUCGGCAAACCUCGGAGCUGUCCGGGAUACAACUCCGACCCGAAAGCCUUCUGGAAACAAGUGGCGCGCGCGUUCAAGAGGCUGCAGGGCAAAGUGUGUAUUGACGGGAGCGCGCUGGUAAAAACCGGGAUGUGUAAGCGCGCGCCCAGACAAGCGCACCUCAGGCUGAAUCCAGACAGCGUGAAAAUAGGCAGGACUGCCGCCACCACGCCGCCGCCGCUCCAAUCCAGCACAGCUGCGUGCCUUAAGGGCGCAGGGCACCGGAGAAGAGCGGAGGAUUACUGCGGCAGCUCCUGGGCCAGCGUUUGCGCUUUCUUCAUGUCCAUUGUGCAGAGUGAAGACUGUUGAGUCAGGUCUAUUACGUUUCACAGCACUUUGAGAAAUUUACCAUAACUCUCUAAUUUAGAGUCUAGUUUACUUAGAUUUUAUAUAAUAGACAUCAACACAAGAGUAUUGGUGUGUAUUCUUCUAUCUUCCUGUGGUAUUCCAUAUAGAUAGGGUCACAUCUGCAAUAAGAACAAAUUCAUUUUUGCCCACUCUGAUUUAUAUCAUAUAUCAAGCUCUUUCAAAUUGGAUGGAGAGUGUGUGAUCUUAUAUUAUUCAAGUCUUGUCACAUUAUUCCCAGUUGGCUUUAUGUCUGUAUACUGUGACUAAAUCACUAAAAACAGGCUGAUCAAUUAGGAGACUUCAGAAGGUAUUGGAUACUACCAAGAGGUCUGAGUUUAAAAGGGGCUGUUUACUUAAAAGUAUGUCUUUUUAGACUUUUUUUUAAACCAUGUAUAAUUUUCCAUCUAUAAUUCUGCCAUGUGUUUGUCAUGAAUUCCACAUUGGUUUUGGUUGUAACAUGACAAGAUUUGGAAAAAGUUAAAAGACAUGAAUUACCUAGCAAAUGAAACCCUUUAUAUUUAGUGCUAAAUAUUGUCAGCCUUCAUGUUGUUUUAACUGGUGUUUUUUUGAUAUACUAUUUAAAUCUUAUUUUUCUAAACUACGUUUGGUUUAAAAUCCUCCAGCUUGUUUUCUCAAGACCUAAGAAACAUUUAUAUUGACCUUUUUUCUCCAACAACUCUAUGUUUGUAUUUUU